AUGCAUUCCUCGUGGUUCUCGUACCCCAUCUCGAGGCCGUUCCCGUUCCGAUGGUUUACUCCGGUAGCUAUCGUUGGCGGUCUAAUAUUGACAGUCCUGUUUACGAUUGUCAAUCUGGCGUCGAGUGCGUUCUACCUCAAGCCGGAGUUUACUCAGAAUCCCAAUGGUACAAUGACUCAGUCAGUCCGAUGGUUCAUGAAAGCACCGUUGAACUGGGAUAACAAUAUGAAGGUCAAAUGCCAGCCUAAGAUAUUAUCUGUCGGUGAUCGCGUUUUCUCCACCAACCUUGGUUUUCAAUAUUCCGUCAAAGCAAUCACCUCAUCAGACGAUGACUCAGACUUUCGAAAGACAUAUCCUUCAAUUGCGUAUUUAAAUAACACUCUUGAAGACUGCUACCUCACAAAGGUCGACAUUAAUCUCCGAAAAUCAGAUGCUAGGGCUUCAAAUAGCUGGUGGCUCUCUUGGAUAACGACUUUCACUGACGCUACAGCUUCUUGCAAUGUCAUGACAAGCGAGGGCUUGGUGAACAUUACCCUUGGUGUUGAAUAUACUGGUCAGAGUGAUCAUAUAUAUGAUUACGUUAUUGAGGAUGAUUACAAGGCUCAUGCUAGUACCUGGUGGGGAACAAGAUUGUUGAAUGUAUAUUUUACAGGUAUUUUGUCAACUAUGUCGCAGACUCAAGAUCUGGGAGAUGAUUCAUAUUGGAUGACGGGAGGGAUCACGUUCACAACGAAUCCGGACACAAAGGACAUUCGUGAUCCGAGAUUAUUCAACCUCGCAGGAUGGUUUCUUUCCUCUGAUGGGUUCAUACAAAACGAACCUCUCAACGACACGUUUUUCAUAAAGAGUGACUCAAAGAAUCAGUUUGUCCCAGUUGUAUGGGAAAGCCUCCACUACACAAGGAUUCUUCACUCCCUUAUUGCCGUUGACCUAGGAAACAAAAACGCCCCCAACCUGCUUUUGGACAAAAAGGAUCUUCAAUACGCCAUCCUCCCACCAGAUGACCCAAAUCGAAAAAAGGGCUCUUUUCUAAACGGCUCAUCAUUGACGGGACAAGCUACACGCUAUGCCCAGAUUCCAACGCCAGGAGCACCUAUUCCACCAACGGAUAAGAACCUUGUUCUUCUAAACGAAACUUAUGACCGGUUCGCUAGUGAAAUGGGACCACUAGAGUGUAAGACUGCGACGAUCGUUUCGCAAUAUCUCUGCUCUGUUCCGCAGAGUAAAAGUCCGGGCAUAAUGCUCUUGGCGAUACUGCUGGCAGAUCUGGUGUUUCUGCAAGCGGCGUGGGUAAUUUAUAAUUGGAUUGCUGGCGGGAUGUUGUCUGAGACUCAGAUGAGGACUUGUCAAGGCUGUACUGGAGGUCCUGUUCAGAUUGUUGAGAAGGAGGGGCUUUUGGGUGAGGGGAAGACCACGGUGACUUCAGGGAGCUAUGUGAGUGUUAGUACUGAUGAAGGGGCUGGUAGUAAUCUGCUGGUAAGGGAGGCUAAGUGA